GAAAGCUCCAAAUUAAUAAUUUUAUAAACUUAACUGCAGCUUUUUACUUCACCAGUGAUGCAAGUUUGCACCUGCUUUGGCCUCAAUUUUUGUUCCUCAUUCACGUUUUAUUUAAACCAUGGUGAUCGUUUAAAACUUUUAGUGAUUUUUUUAAAUUUGUUAUUAAAUAAACGUUUGCAUUGCAAAUUGUGAUUUAUACUAUAGUUCAAUUUUAUAACCAGACGAGGCAUUUGUUGCGAAGAUGGCAAAUAAAUUGGUUACAUGUCCUUAUGAUGAAGCCCAUAAAGUUAAAGAAAGCAGAUUUUCAUUACACAUUACUAAGUGUCGACAAAAUAAUUUAAAUGCUGAAAAGUUCAUAUGCUCUUUUAAUGCUUCGCACGUUCUUCCACUUAUGGAGAGGGAUUACCAUUUACAGAAUUGUCCUGACAAUACUCUUCUUAGAGGAAUGACCGCCAAGGCUUUACACCAGAACAAUCCUUUCAAAGGGAAUACUUCUGUUCCUAGCUACACUGCAUCCGUUCCUACUACCUGUGACGAAGUUUGGGAUGACGGACUGGAAUCAAUGGAGCCUGCUCCUGGAUUUGUACCAUCUAAACCACCUCCUUGUGCAAUAGUUGAACCUCCUGCAUUAUCAAAACCAGCAGAAAGAAGGAAAUUGUAUCAGGAAUUACAUAAACGGCCUGCUGAACUUGAAAAUAGCAAUUCUAAACCAACACCUGUAGCUGAGCCUAAAUUGCAAAUGUACAGCAGACAGCCCAAAGCUCCUAGUGAGGUUGAAAAUAAAACUGCAAGUGAAUUUCAUCAUCUUGGAUUAGGCAGAGGCAAACCUGCUGUUGCACCUUCACGCAUUGCUGCAAAUAUUUUCGCACCAACUCCCGCCCCUCAAUCUGCACCUACCAGCAAUAUUAAUUACAGUGCUGCUUUAUCUGGUAUGAGCAAGUUGGGUUUUGGAAGGGGGUACUCUGCAGCGGCUGCUACUCAAAAUUUAGAAGAUGAUUUCCCUGCACUUGGUUGUGGAAGAGGAGUAUAUAGAACUCCGAAAAAUGAUAUUAGGUACCCUGGCUCGAGAAGUUAAGAUAUACUAAACCAGGUAUACUAAUAAGAGACAAAGUUUAAUGAUG